CUUCAUUGUACUUAAUCACGAAGGAGAAAGAAAAGGAAAAUUUGAGUCUCCCAAUUUAUUUAUUUUUUAUUUGCUUGAUUUCUGAUGGGCUAAUCUCGCGAAGAUGGCGGUACGUCAGCUCCCGUGAACGACACUGCGUUGACGUCCUGAUACAAGUUCACACCAAGAGCCAGCACAUCCACCACCAGAAUGCUGCCGAUGCUCUUCCAAGGGACCGCUCGCGCCAAGUGUUCUAACCAGGGUUUUGUCAAGAUGCAGGCCAAGAUGCACUAGCGAUUAAAAUCCACCAUAGACGCUGCAGAAUCAGGCUGCGAGGCCCAUGAAUACGAUGUAUAGACAAUCCGCCACCAAGCAGGGAAGCGGGGGUGAAGAAGUAGAUCACUUUUCUUAUAGGUGACUGAAUUCCUCCUUCUUGCUCCGAUCAAUCAACCGUUAGUCUUGCACCAGAUUCCGUUCGAGAGCUUUCUAUUCGUCGCUAUGGAGCAAGGCCCCUUUCACCAGCUGCCAGCUGAGGUGGUUUUGGAGAUUAGCAAGCAACUACCCGACCUCCGCUCCGUGUAUGCCUUUGCUCAAUCUUGUUCACACGUAUACAGGCUGUUUCUUGACUCGAGACGAGUAGCAGAGGUCUGCAACGCUAUCACGUUGGAUGUAGGAAAAGCCACGCCACAGACCCGUUACGUCAUAUGGACAGUGGUGCUUUUGCGUCUUUCGACAUGUCCGCCAUGGCCUGUGUCGCUCUUCUGGGAUGAGCUGAUGGAUGAGAGCAUAAGCGAUAGGACGCCAUGGGAACAGUUCAUACCGCCCAGGCCAGGCUCGGUGCCUCUCGGCAUAUUAGCUACUGCUAGUAGAGUACAGGACUGGAUCCAAGUGUGCCUAUGGGAUCUUCUGGUUGACUUCCGUCCAAGUCGUGCCCCAGCUGGACCGUCUUACAGCGGCAAAGUUCAGCAAAGAGCCAGGCCCAGGCCCCUUCGCCCACAGGGAGCGCACGGAUCCUGAAAAUCAAGCUCGGUUGCGUAUAGCCCUUGGUCCAGCAUCUUGGGUUGAGGAACAGGUUGUCAUCCGGGCCUUUUGGAGGUACCAAAUGCUUCUUGAGCUCAAAGAGGCGGCUACGAAAUGGAGUCAGCCAACGACGAGCCGGGAUGAAAGCGUCAUACAAGAACUCAUUACAAUGCCUGUAGCGGAUCUUGUUAGCAGACACAUUCGACCAAAAAGUCUUCAAGGCCAAGAGAUGUUAACUAUUUCGGAUUAUAUCAAAAGCAGGAGACGUAACUCGAAAGUCGACAGCUUGUUAGGUGUCAAUGUACAGCCAGCGUCGGUCCACGUGCCUGAGCUGAUUCCAAGCACAGCUUACGAUCUUCGUUGGAAAAGUGAGCCUGCUGGGGAAGGAUACGUUCCGACAACACUUUCCCGGCGAGACUUAACUUUUCGAGAACCGGCAAGCCUCGUGAGCAAUGAUGUGCAUCCUUUUCAAGAGACCUCAGUCGGUAUUUUCAGACAGCAUGGGCUAGCUCUGUGGGAUAACAAUCGAAUGUUGGCGAUAGGUCUUGCAAGCAGAAUGCAUAAUCCAACAAUUAUAUAUCCAUUUCCACUAAACUUCGAUCACUGGCAGUCGGGAUGGCGGAGCUUAGUUUCAGACGAGGAGUAUUCCGAACUCAUUAGAGGUGCAAGACAAGCAAAUGUAGAACAACGGUAGCAGCUAAGCAUAUAUGUACCGGUAUUACUCUGAAUUAAGUACGUAUUCGAAUGCCAGAAUUAAAAAUGAUGAUAGUACACUGUUUAAAAUUAUUGGAGAGAAAUGGCCAGAAGUGACAGGGUGAGGUAAGUAAUGAACAUUGCAGAUCCGAAGCGGACGUCUUGACUAGACCGUUAACUUGGUGAAGGGGACCCCGCGUUUAAAGUUCACGGCACAACUAUUCACGGUAACCUCUCUUUUACAUCAUUACAACAUCCAACGUUUUUUCCUCUUCAUCUGUAUACUUUCUUAAAAAAUGUCUUCAUCACCACAAGUGGUUGCCGUCUCCCGCCAGGAAUGGCUCGUCGCUAGUAAGGUGCUGUUGCAAAAGGAAAAGGAGCUGACAAAAGCCCGUGCGGCACUUGCUAAAGAACGCCGCGCCUUGCCCAUGGUCAAAGUGGACAAGGAAUACACAUUCAAAGGCCCCGGUGGUGAGACCGUCACGCUUGCAGACCUGUUCGACGGCAAGGACCAACUCAUCGUCUAUCACUUCAUGUUUGGCCCCGGUGAAGACAAGGGGUGCUAUGGCUGCACGCAUGUAGGAGAGUCGCUACCUGACCCAGCUCACAUGAGACACAAAAACGUCAACAUUGUCUGUGUAUCCCGCGGGGAUGCGGAUGCGCUGGAGGCACGGAAACAGGUCGCCGGUUGGAAGUGGAAGUGGUACUCUAGCGGUGGUACCGAUUUUAACACAGAUUUCAACGCUACAGUUGAUCCUGCCGUUGCGGAACCAUUGAUGAACUUUGAGACCAAAGAUGAAAGGAAGGCUGGAGGUAGAUACGUAACGGAUUCGGGCGAUAUACCCGGUCUAAGCGUAUUCUUCAAGCACGACGGCGCCAUAUACCACACGUACUCUACUUGGGAGAGGGGGCUCGAGGUGCUCAUACCUACGUUUGCCCUAUUGGAUAUGGUGCCUCAAGGCCGACGAGAUACGCCUUACGGCCCUGGCGAUUUCCGGCUACCUCAAGAGUACGAAGAGGAAUAGUGACAAUUUGGGGAUAGGUCCUUGAAGGCAGAUUAUAUCUUGUAAUGUACAAUGUUGAUAUUCAUUCUAAAAAAAAUCAAAGCUUGGCAGAGUAAACCGUCAUGACGUGACAAAUGCACGAUAUCCUUCCCAAAAGAACGCCGUUUUUGCAUCAGAGUGUAAACUAAGAAAGACUGUUACUUCUCCAUGAAUGCCCCGAUUCCCCAGAGGAGUGCGCAACCCAGCAAAGCGGUUCCGCCAACCAGCUGCUUGUUCAACCAGUUCUCCUUGUUGAGGGGCAUGGCUCCCGGGGUCUUGCGUGGCACGGGUGCUGUAGGUGCGCUGGCGGGGACUGACGAGGCGUUGUUCUGCGCAGCCUGGAGCUCUUCGUGCUUGCGGCGCAGCUCGGCGAUCUUCUUGCUAAGACCAAGGAGAUCCUCUUCCAACGCAGAGUCCUUUGCUCGGUCAACCUCGACGUUUUGCACAUUGCCGAAGAAAUCGGUAAUGAGGCGGCUGCGCGCAGCGUCGGCGCCUCCGGGGAACAGGUCGUAACGGAAGCCAGGGUCCGAGUGGAUCUUUUCGAAGUCGUAGCUGUCAAACAGAUCGCCGACAGUCUUUUGGCUGCUAAGAUCGCGUACCUGCGUUUCGAGGAACUCGAGGUUGUAAUAUGUGUAGCGAUCAAUGACGGCGACGCCAACGUCGUUGUCGGCGUGGUGCGAGUAUGAAGAUUGAUCGAGCUCGGACGAGCCAGUGGCAAUAAUAUUGGGCGAGUAAAUACGGCUGUACAUUGUGUUUGCCUGGCAAGUAUCGAUCAUAAAGAGCAUUUCGUGGUAUCUGUUCACCCGGUUAGUAAUCUAGCCACCUGCAAGGCUGCGCCGCGCGCGGGAGCUAUGGGCAGGUCGUACCUCUUCUUUUCCCACAUUUGUUCAAAUGCAUCAGCCAAGUCAAAAGCGCCAAUCUCCUCGGCAUCCUGGAACUUGAGGAAUUCGUUUCCGCCGUGACCAGUCAUGUAGAUGAGAAUGUUGCUUCGGUCAUCCGUUAGCAGGCGCUUGCUUCUGGGCAUCUCGGCGCCGACGCGAUCUGUCAAGAGUCGGAUAAAGUUUUCGACGGUGACUUCGUAUCCUCUAUAAUCUACUUCGAUAUUGUCGCCGUAAAGGUCUACAGCACGGUCUGAGUUGCUGUAGACGGUGCCAGGGAAGGCGUUGCGAGGGUUGCAGGCCAUGUCAUCGGGAAGCAUGAGGAUGAUUUGCGAAUCGGGAAUGCCGAGGCGUUUAACGGUACGGUACAUUGAUAGCACAUUGGCCAGAUGGCGAUAGUUGAACCAGAAUCGCGACGUGCACACAAGCACGGCCCAGUUGCUGGUGUGUUCAGCCGUGGCGAGGACGGCAAAGAAGACGACAGUGGCGAGAAGGGCGUUGAGCUCCAGGCUGGAGAGCUGCAUGGCGGGCGGAUGCUGCGGUAUAGCGACCUAAUAAAACAAGAAAGGACAAUUGAACGAAUGGACGCGUCGCUGUACUGAAAAUGGGCG